UAUAGCUGGUGGAGUUGAGUGAAACACGUACGGAUUAAUAUGAAGAAGAAGAUCUCAGCUAAUUCUGUACCCGCUGUGGCGCUAGCCCUGUUCCUCGUCCUCUCAGCCUUCACCGGCCGGAGCUCCGCACUUCAGGUUGGGUUCUACAACCGAAAAUGUGGGUUCGUGGAUGUGGAGGCCAUCGUGAGAACAGUCGUGAGCUUUCGGCUCGCUAAGGACCCGACCCUGGUCGCUGCCCUCCUCCGCCUGCAGUUCCAUGACUGCUUUGUCAAUGGAUGUGAUGCAUCAAUACUAUUGGACGGGCCAUCGAGCGAAAAAACUGCAGGCGCGAAUGGGAGCGUGAGGGGUUAUGAGCUGAUCGACACAAUAAAGAGCAUUCUCGAGUCUAUCUGUCCGGGAGUCAUCUCCUGUGCGGACAUCAUCGUUAUGGCCACAAGAGAUGCUGUAGAACUGGCGAAGGGAGGAAGGUAUGCUGUGCAAACGGGAAGGCUGGACGGUAAAACAUCCCUCGCAAGCAACGUUAACCUCCCAUCUCCUUCAGUCUCAGUGUCCCAAGUUCUCUCAGCCUUUGCUAAGAAGGGAUUGACUGCAACCGACACGGUCCUUCUUCUAGGGGGCCACACCGUCGGGAUAACGCAUUGCUCCUUCAUUAUGGACCGGCUCUACAAUUUUAGAGGGACUGGAAAACCCGACCCAACCAUGAACCCUGCUUUGGUAAACACCCUCCGGUUGAGGUGCUCCAGGACUUCAUCUGUUGACAACGCAGUUAAUCUCGAUCAGAAUGCCACGAGCGCCCUGAUUGUUGACAGCUUGUUCUAUAAGCAAGUAGUAGCUCGUCGAGGAAUCUUGCAGAUUGACCAGCAGCUGGCCUUGGAUCCGCUCACCAAGUCUACCGUGGCAGCUUUGGCCAACGCUACCAACUUUGUGACACGGUUUGGCUCUGCCAUGGUGAAGCUCGGGGCAAUCCACAGCGGUCUCCCAGGGGAGAUCAGGAGGAACUGCAGAGUCAUCAACAAACGCUGAGUAGCUAAUUAAUUAAUGACCAAUUUUAAUCAUUUUUUGGGGCUUCUUCCUGAUUCCGUGCAGCCAACUGUGUGUAGUGAGGUCCUUCUUUAUAUAGCAUUGGCAUCUCGGUUGGGUCGUGUACGUAUGUUACCAAGUCGCGCUGUUGAAAAACAUUGUAGUAUCUUGAGUCGAUUAAUAAAAAAGUCUUGAUUGGAAACACUAUUAAGUGGCAGCUUUUAGUAAAUGCCAUUCGGAUGAGUCGAGAUCUUGAGUAUUCAGUCUAC